AUGGCAUCUACGAGGAAAAAUGUUGAUCGGAUCAAAGGUCCAUGGAGUCUAGAAGAAGACGAGGCUUUGCAGCCAUUGGUUCAGACGCACGGCCCCGGAAACUGGUCUUUAAUAAGCAAAUCGAUACCAGGUCGAACUGGAAAGUCGUGCAGGCUCCGAUGGUGCAACCAGCUUUCCCCUGAGGUUCAGACACAAAUGGAGAUGCAAAACGGGAUGGGGCCGCAGUUUUUUAGCGUUAUGCAAGAGAUGAUAAGAAGAGAAGUGAGAAACUACAUGUCCGGGAUUGAACAAAAUGUUCUUUUCUUGCGAACUGAAGCAAUCGGAAAUGCUGUUGUUAAGCGUAUUGGUGUUAGUAAGCUCGAGUAG